CCCGAGGACCCGGGGGACUUGUAGAGGGAACCGAACUCUCUCUGCUGUGCAGUGCAGCUGGCUCUGGUGACCACAGGGGACAAGGCCAACAUGAGACUCCUGCUCCUCCUGGCUCUCCUGGUGGGGGCAGUAUCUGCCAAGCAUUUCAGCAGUGAAGUGUCCAGCUUGGAGAGCCCGCGGAGAGCAGAGAGCUUGGCCCAGGAUGGGGAGAAGGCAGAAAGGGUCGCUGGGGAGGCCCCUGCUGGGGCUCUGAUGCCGCUGCAGGAGGGAGACGAGGUGGAGGAGGAGGCGGAAGGAGACUCUGGAAGUGAAGACAGCCCUGAGGAGGAGGAGAGGGUGGAGCCCAGCUCGGAGCUGGAUAUGGGCCACAUGGACAUCCAGUGUCCUAAGGAAGAGGAUGCAGUGAAACUUGUGGGCAGCCCUGGAUGCAAAACCUGCAGAUACGUUGUGCUGAGUACCCCCAGGACAUUUAAUGAAGCUCAGCUGGUGUGCCAGAGGUGCUACCGCGGCAGUCUCGCGUCCAUCCACAGCUUCGCCUAUAAUUACCAGCUGCAGUGCACGUCCCGGACACUCAACGCAGGCCAGAUCUGGAUCGGAGGCCAGCUUGUGGGCAGGGGCCGCUGCAGACGCUUCCUUUGGCUGGACAAAAGUGCCUGGAAUUUCGCGUACUGGGCUGCAGGGCAGCCCUGGGGUGGCUAUCACCACGGCAGAUGUGUGACCCUGUGUACCCGAGGUGGCCACUGGCGCCUCUCUCACUGUGGCAAGAGACGUCCCUUCGCCUGUUCCUACUGAUGGAGUCUCAGCCAGAG